UCAGUGCCCACCAAUGCCAGCUGUCAGUGCCCACCAAUGCCAGCUGUCAGUGCCCAUUAAUGCCACCUGCCAGUGCCCUUCAGUGCCUCCUAUCAAUGCCAGUCAGUGCCACCUAUCAGUGCUGCCAAUCAGUGCCACCUAUCAGUGCCACCUACCAGUGCCAGUCAGUACCACCUAUCAGUGCGCAUCAGUGCUGCCUAUCAGUGCCCGUCAGUGCUGCCUAUUAGUGCCGCCUAACAGUGCCAGUCAGUUCCACCUAACAGUGCCAGUCAGUGCCGCCUGUCAGUGCCAGUCAGUG